ACUACCCUGAUUUACCAUGUGAUAUAUUUUAUUCCAGACUAUAUUUGAAAUAAUGAAAACACAAAAAAAAGAAAGUGUCCAGGUGGUAAACACUAUGAAGCAAAAGAGAGAAUAUGAUGGCAAGAGGAUUGAGAACUUCUACAAGAACUUGCAGCUGCAGCAGGCUGCCAGGGAAGAGAAAGAAGAAAUAACAAAACAGGUAACAGAGAAGCUGAAGAAGCUGGAGCAAAGUACUGAAGAGGAAGUACAAAAUACAUUUUCAUCUAUUGUGACUCGAGGGAAAAAGAAAAAAAACUUAGAUGCUCAAGAGCCCAAGAAGAGUUUGAAGAGAAAAGUGUCUGCUGAAAACAAUGAACAAAUACAAUCCAAACGGAAGAAGAAUAAAGAGAAUCAAGAGUUCCGGGACAAACAGUUUUAUUUACCAUAUUCACGAGAUGAUGACUUUGCUGAGCAAGGGUAAGUGUUUACAAUUUUACUCA